AUGAGCGACUACGAUGCCGAAAUCGCUUUCCUCGGCGAAUGGGGACGUUUCCAGCAGAAGGUGUUUUACCUCCUCUGUCUGACCGCCAUCCCCAACGGUUUCACCGGCCUGUCCAUCGUGUUCCUAGCUGACACGCCGGCGCACCGCUGUGUCGUCCCCGCGCACGUCAACCUCAGCGCGGCGUGGAGGAACAGCAGCAUCCCGCUGGAGGAGGACCAGAGUCACGGCGGAGCUCUGGUGCCCAGCAAAUGCAGCAGAUACAAGAUUGAUGCGAUGCUCAGUUACUCGGACAGGGGCUUGCUGCCCGGAGUGGAUGUCAAUCUGUCUCAUGUGCCCCAAGAAAGCUGCCUGGACGGAUGGGAGUACGACCGGAGUCAAUACAUCUCCACUAUCGCAUCCGAGUGGGACCUGGUGUGUGAUGACAGCUGGAAGAAACCAAUGACUUCCUCUGUCUACUUCUGUGGCGUUCUCACCGGCUCCUUCAUCACAGGACAGCUCUCUGACAGAUAUGGGAGAAAAAUAGUGUUGUUUUUGACCAUAGCAAUCCAGACGGUCUUCACAUUCAGCCAGGCCUUCGCACCAUCCUGGACCGUGUUCUGCGCUCUAUUCUUUGUUGUCGGAUUGGCACAAAUUUCCUACUAUGUGUCUGCAUUUGUUUUAGGCACGGAGACAUUGGGUCCACGUGUGCGGACCAUUUUCUCCACUGCCGGUAUGUGUAUGUUCUUUGGUCUGGGCUACAUGUUCCUGCCGCUGCUCGCGUUCUUCAUCAGAGACUGGAGGAAGCUGCUCUUAUGCCUCGCCCUGCCUGGCUUCCUCUAUGUGCCUCUCUGGUGGUUUGUCCCAGAAUCUCCUCGAUGGCUGCUCUCUAAGGGAAGAAUAGGAGAUGCUGAGGCCAUAAUCAGAGCUGCUGCUAAGACGAACAAGAUCGAGCCUCCAUCGGUCAUCUUUAGUCCUCUGCAGCUGAAAGAACUCGCCUCAGAGAAGAAGAGGGCCCACAACAUCUGUGACCUGCUCCGUUCCCGAAACAUCCGCUGGAUCUCUAUCACGCUGUGGCUGGUCUGGAACACAGUGACCAUUGCCUACUUCGCUCUUUCCCUGAACACAUCAAACCUCCAUGGGAACGUGUACUUCAACUGCUUCCUGUCUGCUCUGGUAGAGAUGCCGGCCUACGCUGUGUCAUGGGUUAUGUUCCGCUGGUAUUCCAGACGACUGAGUCUCUUCUCAACUCUCUUCACGGGAGGAUUGUUUCUACUCCUCAUACAGCUCAUACCAGCAGACCUGAUUUACUUCGCCAUAACGCUCGAGAUGAUAGGCAAGUUUGCAAUAACGACGGCGUUUGCAGUCGUGUACGCCUACACAGCAGAACUGUAUCCGACUGUACUGAGGAAUACGGCUGUUGGCACCUGUUCGAUGGCCUCCAGAAUAGGCAGCAUCACUGCUCCAUUCUUCAUUUACUUGAGAAGCUAUUCCAUUUCACUGCCUUACAUCCUCAUGGGAAGCCUUACAGUUCUGUCGGGGUUGCUGAGUCUCCUGCUGCCGGAGAGCUAUGGAAUGCCUUUGCCUGAGACCAUCACUCACAUGCAACACUUCCCCGGAUGUUGUCGGAGGACACCUUACUCUCUCACCCACAUUGAAGAAGAGGAAAAAGCUGCUGAGCACACAAAGAACAGCAGUCAAAACUGACCUGAAGCAAAUAACUGGACA